UUUUUUGUCGAACUCCAUCAUGGUCUAUUCACGCUUCAACGAAAAGGAAACGAGUCCCAACCCUUACAUCAACUUCAUCACUUCUCUUCCUGCUGAAGAUAACGAAGAUGCAAGACAAUUUCUACGCGCUCUCGCGGCUCAGGUUCGCCCCAUUAUGAAAGCACAUGGAUUGACUGUCAAUAGCUUGGAGGAAUACGAGUAUAACGCGGUAUUUGCUGGGAGGAAUUGGGAAAGCGGGGAGACUAUUGAGUUAGUAUUAAGAAGACCUGGAGGCUCAUUUCUUCCAUCUUCUUGGCUUAUGAGCACUCUCUGUCAUGAACUGGCACAUAAUAAGCACAUGAAUCACGGGCCUGCAUUUCAGGCAUUAUGGCAAGAACUGAGGAAUGAAGUCCGACAGCUGCAGAAUAAAGGUUACUAUGGCGAUGGCUACUGGUCAGCCGGAACGCGACUAGCAGACUCUGCUGUUGUGUCCGGACAAGGAUUGGAUGUCGGUGAUCUUCCGCAGUACAUUUGCGGCGGAGCACAAAGCAGGAGUCGGCCAUCUAAUCUGCGUCAACGAAGAGGAUCUCGUCCCCGAGAAAUAAUGGCAUCGAGCAAGACCGGUAGACGAACAGCUAAAAAACGUAAAGCCGGAUCCCGAGUGACGUCAAAAUAUGCCUUUCAAGGUGAAGGUACCUCUCUAAGCGCCGGCGAAGCAGGCAAGGGAUUCGGCAAACAAGCUAGCAGUAAACGAGCACGGGAGGAACGAGCUUUUGCUGCUCAAAAAAGGUUGCAGUCGGCGUCAGCUUUAAGCUCUUCUGCCACACAUCUCACAUCCCCAACCGCAUCUACACCUUAUGCUAGCGAUGAAGAAUUCUUUGAAGAUGUCGAAAUAAUUACUGAAACAGAUGCCGACAGAAAGCAAACUCUACUCGCCACUGAAAAGGACGAAGAUCUCAAAAAUCUUCAGAGCGGAACGUCGUGGAAAGAUUUCGAGAACGAUUUUAUAUUUACUGGGCGAGGUCAAACGAACGCGGUGGUUAUCUCAUCAGACGAGGAAAGUGAUCCCUUCAAUGCCACAAUGAAAGGGAAACGGAAAGCCGAUGCAUUUGAACCACUCAAAGAACCAUCUUCCAAGAUUCCCAAAAAUAACAAUUCAAAAUCGGGUUUACGUCUGGGCAAUUUAGUAAAAACAGAGGUUGCUUUCCGAAAGAAAGAAGCAUUAGGAAUGACUCCAGUACAGGGAGAGGGACGUACUAUAGGUGGUAGUGAGUCCGGGAAUCAGAAACAAAACAGCGCAAACUCCUCUUGGCCUUGCCUUGUCUGUACUCUUGAAAAUCAACCUCUACAUCUGGCGUGCGCGGCAUGCGGGACUGAGAAGGGACACAAUUCACCGAACAGCUGAUUUUGGGUAUUGACA